CAUAAAAGAGAAAACCGUCACAUGGCGUUCGAAGGGUUGGAUUGGAAGUAGAGUUGCAUGUACGAAACGAAAAAAACGCAACAAAAAUCAAAACAUUCAAUUCAACAACAAAAACAACAGUACCACAGCGACUAGGAUUGGGUGUUGGAAGUCGGAUUAGUGCAUUAUCAACGAAUGCUGGUUGAAAAUCUUCACGCUAGAAAUUGUACAGAGUUUGUUGCUACUGUCAGCCUAGGAGAAGAGGUGAUUAACGCUAGAGCUUGACUUGGUACUUGAGUUGUUUCAGAUGUUCGAACGUACGACGAAACUACUUGAGGCGUAGUUGAUCAAUCAUUGAAGGAAUCAAAAGUGGCAAGUGUGCCCCUUUUUUCGCGAUUGCAGCCCGUAAUGGAAGGCAAAAGUUGGAUUCUUUUGACAAUUGGAUUAGUGUUGCUGAGGCUGGGUAGUGUCUCCAGUGAUGGUGCUUUGAACAAUACGAGUUCUUCGGAUGGAGGUAAUAAAACGGCGUUGAAUGCUACGGUGUCGAAGGUGAUUGAGGCACUGGGGGAAACGGGUUCGUUGCAGCGUGACAGUUUGGACGAUCUGGACCAUGUUAAAAAGAGUCGCAUCUCGGCCCGAAAAGGCGUUGAGUUGAAGGACGCUCCUCAGACGACAUCGACGUCGUCGGUCGAUUCGACUGUUCAGAAACCGGCCGUGGAUAGCACAACACUGCCCGGUAGUAAUCAUACGCAGGUCACUGUAGGAAACGGCAAUGCAACGCUGAGCAGUAAGGUCAACUCGACUGCUUCGAUUAAAAGUGCUGCGAAUGUUACGACUUUGGAUGUGAUUUCUCCGGCAAAGCCUACUAAGGCAAAUGUUACGAUAUCGAGUACGACGACAUUGGCUACUCCGAUGAGUGUCAAUGUAACUUCAACGACCCAGAAGGCAACUGUACCAUCAACGACUUCGACGACGACUACUACAUCCACAACAACAACAACAACGACAUCUACUACCACAACAAAACCUCCAAAAAAGAAGCCACCAAUUACCUACUCGGUGGACGAUGAGCCUCGAUUGAUUCAAGCGGCCAAACCGGGUUAUAAUUCUCCCGUAGCUUCUUCAAGCCAACCGGUGAGUGAUGCCAGUGGUCGGUUGCACGUUGAAGAACCCCUCGCUGAACUGUCCAAAGAGUACAUCCCGCCGGCGCUAAUGGGACCACCCCGAGGCCACCGGGAAUACGUCAUCCCGGUGGUGACGCUUAUAUUCGCGAUACCCCUGCUAAUGGGACUGUUCCUGCUGUCCUACCGGAGGGCCAAAGAAUUCUGGCUGACGCGGCACUACCGUCGGAUGGACUUCCUGGUCGAUGGAAUGUACAACUACUGAUCGACGACCCCCCAGAUCAAUGCGAUGAUUUAUUAGAUAGCAGAAAUAUCCCUCCCCCAAAAGAAUCCUUAAAAAUGGUAAACCAAGUGACGAAUCUUGAAAAUAGUUCCCAGAGAAUUUCUCCCAAGUUAGGCCAAACAGAUUAUAAUAACCCACAGUAUCGUAUAGGAAAAUACGUCGUUAAAAUUUAGUAAACGUAGACCACACGCAGCUCCGCUUUAAAUUUGAUACGGUAAUCGACAAUAAUUUUUUAACGGUUUUUAUUGAUUCAACGGCUUUGUAAAUACUUACGUUUACAAUUUGUAAUCCACAAUCGAAUAAAAACUGAAUCAAAACUAGAAUUCAAAUAAUGAGAUCGCAAAGGAAUGUUUAAUUUUUGUUUAAAUUCGAACAUUUUUUUAAAUUUGUAUGAAACUAUUAACACUCGAAACACCCAAAAAUAUUUUUAAAGAAAUCUAAAGAGGUGUAGAAUGAAAAUAUCCUUAAUCACUUUGAACGUUUGUAAAAACCCAAACUAUCUAAAUUUAAUAUCGAUAGAUCAUGUACGGUAGAAAAAUAAAAAUCAUAAUAGUGCCUUUUCCAAAACACUUUUUUUUAAAUGAACCUUGAUUUUUAAAAAUCAUCCAAGCAACCCCCGAGCUCAUCAAAGUAGUAACUUUUUCGUCGAUAAACUCUGAAGCGUAGAGUCCAACCUCAGUAGGCGUUGUAGAAAUGAUUUUAGGCUUUCAAUUUUACACGGAGACACAUUUUUCGAGCGCUCAAUUCAACACGCUUCCAUUAGUUGGAACGAGUGAAAUAGUCCGAUGGGCAGAUAGAUUUGAUUAGUUGGAAACGGAAAAUUAAGAGAAUAAUAAGAACAAAAUUUGUAUAGGAAAAUCGAAAAAAAAGUUUUAAAAAAGUGUAUAGCGAGAUCUUGAAAUGAACAUAAAAUGUGAACCUGUUAUUUGAUUUUUUACGAUUUUUGAUUCAAUAAAAUUCGAAAUUUA